CUUAGCGCAGCGCGCUAACCGCUGCACUCUACACACACAGAGAGAGAAAUCUCUCACACACAUACACAUCUGUCUCCAGCGUCGUCUCUUCCAGUCUCCCGCACACGUCUCCCUCUUAUCGUCUCUUACGUCUUCUCUACUCUGCACACACAUCCCUUCAUCACUCUCUUUCUACUAUUUCUCACAAACACAACCUCCCCGCAUCUCUCACACCAAAAUAUUCCUGCUCUCCCCGUUUCUCUCUAACACCUCCCAAAGCAACCCUCCUGUCCAUCUCUCUCUCUCUCAUCUGCCGAACGCAUCCCCUCUCUCCGCGUAUCUGUCUUACAUCUUCCCAACAAACAUCCACCUCCCGUCUCUCUCUCUCUCUCAUCUCUCACACACGCGUCCUUCUCUCCCCAUCUCUAGUACACAUCUCUCUCCUCCCCGUCUCUCUCACAUCACACACACACACGCAUCUCUUUCCAUCCCCGUCUCUCUCACAAUACACACACACCCAUCCCUCUCCUCCCCGUUUCUCUCACAUCACUCACACACAUCAUUCUCUCCUUCCCGUAUCUCUCACAUCUUUUACACACACACACAUCCCUCCUUCCCCUCUCACAUCUCCCCAUACCCACGCAUCCCUCUCCCCCCGUCUCUCUCACAUCUCCCCAUACCCACGCAUCCCUCUUUCCCCGUCUUGCUCACAUCUCCCAAUACCCACGCAUCCCUCUUUCCCCGUCUCUCUCACAUCUCCCCCCAUACACGCAUUCAUCCCUCUCUCCUCCCCGUCUCUCCCCGUAUCCACAUGGCUGGGAGGCCGCUGCUGCUGCUGCUGGCCUCUGCUACUCUCCUCGUCUCGUCUCUGGCAGGACUCGUGUCUGGUGCCCCGAAGGUGGUGGACCCCGAGCAGGGAUGCCUGGGCUACUACGACUCCACCGAGCUGUGGGUGGAGCCCAUCGAGUGCCCGCAGGAGGAGUUCUGCUGCGGAGAGUGCAACGACAGGAUGUGCUGCUCCGCCAACAUCCAGAAGCUCGAUGGGCACGAGCAGGGCUGGUGCAAGAUCCUGGGCCUCAGCCCCUCCACAAUAGCGGGCGUGGUGGCGGGGGUGCUGUUGUUCGUGGCGAUCUGUGUCGUGGUCUGCUGCUUCUCCUGCUCCUGCUGCGUCAUCCGACAGAUGAUGAACAUCUCAUACGGACCCGUGCUCUCUCACUCCAUGGCAAUGUGUCCGGGGGGAGGGGGCGGCAUGGGGGGUCCUGGGGGGGCAGCCCCCCCCCGAAUGGGGGGGCCCUACCCUGUGUACAGCUCGGUGCCCACGAGGGAAGGGAGCCUCCCCAGCCCUCCGCUGCCGUCCCUGCCCCCCAUGCUCCCCCCGCCCCCUGUGGGGUCUGGCGGAGUGGGUGGAGGAGGAGGUGGAGGAGGAGGAGCAGCAACGGGAGGAGGUGGAGGGAGGAUGGCGAGCCUGCCCAGAUAUCAGCCGGCAGCAAUGUACGCAGCCAAUGAUCAGGCCUCCUACGAGUCCGGCUACGCUUCCAGACAAGAUCCCAGCAGCACAGUUUGAUCCCCCCCGCAUACACACACAAUACAUAUACCUACAUACCUACACACACACACAUAUAUGUGGGCAGUGGCAUGGCCUAAUGGUAAAGUGUUUGCUGCUUGUUGCAGAGGUUUACGGUUCGAUUGCGGCAGGCUGCCCUGGUUAUUACUGCGGGUGUAUUUACCAAAACAAAUAGCGCAGUCGAUGAUAAAGAUCCCCUGACGUUAUUAAAAAUGAGUAGGCCAUUGUGUGCCGGUGUCAACGUCUAAGUAUGCCAAAAUUUGAAGAAGAAAAAACCUGGCCAAUUACUCAAUUAAGAUUACACAUAGCAACAUCGCCCCUCAGUGGGAACCUACUGCAAGAUAUAUCUGUGAAACAUAGCACCUUUGUGAUAGCCGUGCACUGAAGUAAUGGCACAAAUAUUAUACUUACAUAGAUACACGUACAUGCAAUACACAUACCUGUACACAUAUACCUACAUACAUAUAGAUAGAUAUACGUACAUUUACAGAAUAUGUAUGCUUGUAUACUCGGGACGGGUUCCCGAGUUUUGGAUGUGAAAAUCAAGCGUAGAUUUGAAAUUUCUGAAGAUCCAAUAAAAAGGUUUGUUUAUGUUUGACCGGAUGAACCGGAAGUGACAUAUCUAAUUUGAAAUCACUGAAUGGUGUCACAAGGCAUUGAGUUGACACCACUGUUGUUAGCAUGCAGGCAGAUAGAUAUAUAACGUCAUGUAAAUGGUCCAAAAAUAUGAAGAAUUAUUUAAAAUACAAUACAAAAUGUUUUCAUCUGAUAAUCAUCAUAAAUAUAUAUCUCUAUCACACGCACACGGGGGGCUUAAUUUAUCAACGAAUAUUUUCCAGGUCGCUGGUAGACUGGAGCAUGCACGUGGCUAGUAGCCACAGCUGUAGUGAGAGCUCUAUUUGGUGUGCUGGGUGUAGACAUAAUAUCUGGGUAGCUAAACCUGGGCAGAGACCCUGGUGAGAUUAAGUCCUUCAUAUUCACACACUUACACGCAAACUACUACACAUUUACCGUACUCUUAGACAUAUACAGUCAUAUACAUACACAUAUAAUAACUAUUGUUCUUGAUAUACAUCUGCUCAGUGUUCUGUCCCGCAACUAUCAACGGUUGUUACCUAAAUCAUUUACGAACCCAAACACCACACGGCUCUUCACUCGUAGCUACGUACCUCGGUUGUGUGACAUGGACUGUCCCUCGUGGGUCCGAAGAUUCGUUAGUGACCCACGUGGGACAUUAAUGGCAUCACUAAAGUGUCUGUCCUGGUUUUAAUUUGGCGAUAUAAACAAACUUUUUACAACAUUCCAACCUUAUUGUCACCGUUUCAAGAAGCACAAUAACGCUGCCGGGUGAAAAAAAUAAACCUUAGAAAGAGAUUCUGGGAUCGCUAAGCAGCUCUGACAGCUCUCCGAUGUGUUUUCAGGGUGCACCGCGUGUUGUUGGGUGUGAUGUCGACGUUUCUUUGCACGUGCUGAAGAAGCUGAACUGAAGAAGUUGCCAGAACGUGGAGCGAGACGUCGGUUUUGUGAUGCCGAACAACGCACGGUUCAGCACGAAAACGCAAUACAUGCGCGGAAACCUACACAGUCGUAAAUCGUUGUAAUAUUAUCGUAUUUAUAUUAUUUAUAACAUUGUAUUCAACCCGCUAAACAUAUUGUUAUCGUUGACUUAAAGGUCAUAUGCGUUGUCCAUAAAAGUCAUGUUGAAGAUUAUAAUGACAUUUUUUGAUACGGUACUUCUCAAGUGUCAACAAAUAUGGCACGAAACGUUUUAAAAAAAACUCGACAAAUUCGUGAACAACACUAUGUGAGACCUUAAAAUAUUUUUUUCAUAUAUAAUAGGCCAUAUUUCCGGGCAAUUGCUCUUCUUCAUAACACUUAAAUAUGCAUUUUAAUUGUGGGAAAAAAAAUCAGUCAAUGCAGGAUGCAUUUUCGUUCAGUACAGAUGAAUUUUGCUACUUUGCUAAAAAAAACUGUGGAAACUCAGAAAUAUGAGCGCAUGGGGACUGUGAGCAAUAUGGAAUCCUAAUCAGUAUGGGUACACUACCACUCGUGAUAAUCGUGUAUCUGCUGACAGCUCUCUGGAAGGUGCUUAUAGAGUGGAUUUACAAAUGUUCUGGAUUACCAGCGUUCAGAUUUUUGACGCUCCACUGCACAAACGUACGUUCACAGAUUAACACUUGCCACGGCCCUUGCAAGCUUAACCACUUUGCGGAGCGAUUGGCAAGUUCCGAAAUUAUGACUCCCAGUCUAAUUGGCAAUAUGUAAUCAUUUGUUCAUUACUAUCCCUUUGUAGGGCAGGAAAAAACUUGCAUUGGAUUAACGGUCUUAAGGAAGGUACAGAAUAGCGAGUGAUUACUACUUUUCUUUUCACGGUGUGGCUUUUAGAGUAAACUUAAAAAAAUUAAAAUAAUUAUUUUGUGAUGCUGCUACUGCAGCAAUGGCAGUGGUGCACAAGCACAAAAAAUGCAAACCCAACACAUUUGUCAACAUUACUGUGGUGUUAAAAUAAAACGUAGAAUCGGCGACGUUUGAGGCAAUGGCCCUUCUUCAUAGCACAUACACCGCUUAAGACAGUGUUGUUGAUGAGUGUGUUGAAAAUUCAAACCCAACUGUCACUGGAACUGGAUUGUCAUGUCGCGACUCCAAAAAUUGGACCAAAUGUAUUUUACAAACCAUUUAAAAUUACCGUUGACAUAUUUGUGGGUAGUUUUUAUUUUGAAGACAUCCCGUAACCAUGACUGCAUUUGUCGCUUAUCAGCUUUUUUGAAUGGAGGGUAAUAGAAAUAAACUCAAAGAUGGUCUACAGAGUUAAUAGAUAAUGUAUGAUUGAACUUGCUAUGAUAAUGAGUGAUGAAAUCAGCUCGAUGCUAGAUGGAUUACAUUGUAACAUCACAGGAUUGUGAGAGGUGGUGGUGGCGACUUGGGGAGGCCUUCAUCCAGCAGCUAAUUGACCUUGACUGAUGAUCAAUUAAGCUCAGAACCCCUGUGUGCCUGGGACACACAGCCGAGGUGUGUGGCUAUAAGAGAAGAGCUGUUUCUUGGGUAUAUCUUCGUUUAAAUGACGUGUGUAUGUGUGGUACUUUAUAUACAGCAAAUGUAGACUGUUACACUAUUUGUGAAUUAAUAUGGACAGAGCAGUAUUUAACGCUAAAUGGCACUAGCGUCACUCAAUAUGAGACAUGUGACAUGUUAGUAUUAUAAACAUGAGGGAAUGAGUUCAAGCCCUGGGUCUGCGUGUCCAUUUCAUGAAGGAGGUUCAUGAUGGCUGUGUCAGGAACACCGAGCCAAGCAUCACUGAGGACCUGGGUUCAAGCCCUGGGUCUGGGUGUCCAUCUCAUGAAGGAGGUUCAUGAUGGCUGUGUCAGGAACACCGAGCCAAGCAUCACUGAUGACCUGGGUUCAAUCCCUGGGUCUGGGUAUCCAUCUCAUAAAGGAGGUCCGUAAUGGCCGUGUCAGUGACACUGAGUUGGGACUGUUGGAAAUCCUGAGUUCAAGCCCUGUAUAGGGGACUGGGUGUCUCGUCCUUCCCACAGUGCGUUCAUAAUGGCCAAGUCAUAAUGAUGAUGGAGAAUGAGACACCAUGUUUUCUCCAGCCACAUGAUAAAAUUGUUGUGCCUAUAGAAGGUAGUAUAGCAAGUAGGCUACUUGGCUGAGAGACACCAGGGUUUUAAGAUGUAAGCAUACACGUUAAGUGUUCCUUUAUGAAGCUAUAGGGGGGGGGGGGAACCGUUAUUUAUCUCAAUAUCUCUGUGUGUGCGUACACAUGUAUCAUAAUAGUUGUGGCUUGUGAGUAAGGUUUUGUAAAUGAGUUGGAUAUUUUGUGAUUAAUGUAUUACUUCUGCUGCUAAUAUGUGAGAUUGUCAAAUUUUACACAAAAUAAAUAAUUGGUUGU